CCCUACCCCUACGUAAACACACCACAUUUGCCUGAGUGCAGUCCGUGGCUCCACAAAUGAUUUAAACGCCUGGCGCACAGCAUAACCGAAGCAGACAGACAGACAGAAGACGUUCUUCACUGAAGUAACACCGGCUUCUCUUCAGUUUGCCAUGGUGUUCUGUACAUUCCGGGUGAAAAACAUCUUGGGUCCCAAGGUGUACUCUGAUGUUCCAGAUGGAGGAUGGGGUUGGGUAGUGGGAGUGGCCUUCUUCCUUGUGGAAGUUUUCACAUAUGGGGUCAUCAAGAGUUUUGGUAUUUUCCUUAAUGACUUGAUGAACGAGUUUGAGGAGACCAACAGCCGUGUAUCAUGGAUAAUCUCAAUCUGUGUUUUUGUCAUGACCUUCACAGCACCACUGUCAACUGUGAUGAGCAAUCGAUUCGGUUUCCAGCUCGUUGUGAUGCUUGGAGGAUUCCUCAUCUCCGUGGGAACCAUCUCGUCUGCGUUCACCACCUCCAUUUAUCAGAUGUACAUCACUAUUGGGAUUGUGGCAGGAUUAGGCUACUGUUUGACCUUUCUUCCCACGGUCACCAUCUUGUCUCAGUACUUCAGCCGGCGGCGUUCCCUGGUGACUUCCAUGGCUUCCACAGGAGAGUCCUUCGCCAUAUUUGCAUUUGCUCCAGCAUUCACUGCUCUAAAGGCUCAUAUCGGCUGGCGAUAUACUAUGAUGGUGAUCGGAACCUUACAGGGAACCGUAAUUGUCUGUGGGGCUCUGCUUCGGCCCAUCGUCAUCAGGCAGAAAGAAACUGAGCAGUUGGCGACUGUGGAAAAGGAGGCCAAAGACACGCCGUCUAAAGCUGGAUUCCGGUGCUCAGGCAGCUCCGAAGACUCAGGCGUUCAGUCUAUCGAUGACCUGGAGCUGGGCCCUCAGGCCGAUGCCCUGCAGGGGGAGGGCGUACAUUCCAAGACACCUCCAAGCGAUCAGGCCAAAGAGACGAAGGAAGCCAAGCCCAAACUACUUGACCUCACGGUGCUGAAGGAGGGCAGCUUCGUGUGUUACUCCGCGUUCGGCCUCUUUGCCACGCUGGCCUUUUUUGCCCCGCAGCUGUACGUGGUAGAGCUGAGUGCCAGCCUGGGCGUCGAGAGGGAGAAGGCCGCCUACAUGCUGUCUGCCAUGGCCAUCUCUGAGAUCUUUGGACGUCUCUCCGUCGGCUGGGUCAUGAGCGGGGUACGCAUAAGGAAGAUAUUCAUCCUGCUGGGAUGCGUGGUGCUGUUAUGUGCCGUGCUGGUUGUCUUCACCCUUGUGCAGGGCUUCACAGGACUGGUCGUCUGCUGCGUCCUGUACGGUUUCCUGCUUGGCAGUGUGGCAUCCACCCACAUUCCGCUGCUGGCAGAAGAUGACGUGGUUGGCAUUAAGAGGAUGCCCCUGGCCGUGGGCGUGUAUGUCUGCAUCCAGAGCUUUGCAGGACUUGGCGGCCCACCUUUGGGAGGUGUUUUAGUGGAUAUUACAAAGAAUUACAGUGCUGCAUUUUACUCCUGUGCCGCGGGAAUGGGACUUGGAGCCAUCUUUCUUGGACUGGUUCAUCCAGCAAAGUCAUGUCAUUUUUGCUCAACGACUGCUCCUCAAACACAACAGAAUAACCUCAAUAAUUACCUCCCUGGCAAAGACACACCCGAGGAAUUCCUUGAAGUGGACAUACCGGAGAAUGGACAAUGAAGUGCACUAUUACUGUGUCCUUCAAGAGAUCCAGAAACCUCUCAGGAUCGUGACAGUAAAAAAAAAUAGUUCUCAAAGAACUUGUUUUGUUAGAUAAAGAUCAAAGAACACAGAAACACUAACCAUGUUUAGAAAACGGCAUAGGAGUGGUCUCCCUCUAAACCCAAAUGAUGACAGCAAAGUAAAGAUGAUCGCAUAUUUUAUAUGACGUACGUUAUCGCCUCUGAUGGGCAAAGUAGAUGGAAACUGUGACUGAUAUCAUUGCAAUAGCUUUAGUAGUUUGACUGUAGAUUAGCAGGAGAUUCCUUAAAAAGGAAAAAUAGAGGGAGACGCUUCUAAACAUCUCUAAGAUGGAAUUCAAAUGUGAAUGUAUGGACUUCGAUAUCCUACAUUGGAUUACAGGUCUUACAGAAAGUCAAAAUAGUCCUGUUUUCACAUACUGAAAAAAAAAAGGAUUUGGACAGAUGAUCAAGAGCAGUAGAUGUGACAUAGUUAGAGAUAUUUACUAAUAUGUGCUGAUGGAGAUAUUUUGAGCUACUAAAUAGUUUACUAAUUCCAUACUAAGCCAAGGUCUUCUUCAAGGCUGAAAUUCUCUGAAGACAGAAAAGUGAUUGUGCAGUUUUUUUUUGCUGUUGGUACCAAGAGGUAAAAUAUGCAUUGAAAUAUCAAAUAUUCAUAGCGUUAGCCUCUUGCCUGUUCCAGUGCUGCAGAUAUUUUUAGCCAAUGUACCAAAUGAAAUAGGUCUUCUCAUUUUAUUUUUUUAUUUUUAUUUUAUUUUUUUUUUUGGUCUACAGCAAAGCAGAUUUUGGUAUGAACUUUAUGUCUUUUUUUCCGGACCAGUCUUGACCUUGUCAGUGUUGUUCCUUUUAAACAGUUCCAUUCAUCUGAUCCAAUGGCACUGGUUAGUGCUGCGUCACUCCCCGUGCAUUUUAACUCCCUCCGUCAGAGCCGCACCGAAACGUAUCACAAGAAAAAAAAAA